AUGGAGAAGAAGACUGCCAAUUUUACUCUCAAGACUGCGGCAGAUCAUGAUGAUGAUGAUGAUCUUGUUGAUCAUCCUAAGGUUCCUGGAUGGUUUUCUGAGCAUUGUCCCAUAUGGCCAGGGCAAGCACACUUUUUGAAGGUAGAAAAAAUCUUAUUUCAAGGGAGGUCCGAGUACCAAAGUAUGAUGGUAUUUCAGUCAUCAGCAUAUGGCAAGGUUUUUGUUCUAGAUGGAGCACUCCAACUGACUGAGAAAGAUGAGUGUGCUUACCAAGAAAUGAUCACCCAUCUUCCUCUUUGCUCCAUUCAAAAUCCAAACAAGGUAUUACUCAUUGGGGGUGGAGAUGGCGGUAUCUUAAGGGAAAUUUCUCGACACUCUUCUGUCCAACAAAUCGAUAUUUGCGAAAUAGACACUAUGUUGAUUGAUGUCUACAAGAAAUAUUUUCCUGGUAUUGCUAUUGGAUAUGAGGACCAUCGUGUGACCCUUCACGUUAAAGAUGGGAAUGCAUUUAUCAAGUCUGUACCAGAAGGAACAUAUGAUGCGAUAAUUGUCGAUGCAUUUGACCCAAUAAGGCCCGAUCAUGAGCUUCAUGAAGGUCCUUUCUUUGAGUUGGUGGCGAAAGCUCUCCGACCGGGCGGAGUGAUGUGCAUCCAAGCAGAGAGCAUAUGGUUUCCUUCCUUAGACAUUGAACAUCUGACGGCAAAGUGUCGCCAGAAAUUCAAAGGCUCUGUUGAUUAUGCAUGGACCAUUGUUCCUGCAUAUCCAAGUGGGGUGAUUGGCUUCUUGCUUUGCUCCACAGAGGGUCAAUUCGUUGACUUCAGAAAUCCGGUCAACCCAUUAGACCCCAGCAAUAGUUAUGGGGUAGCAAAAGAACCCUUGAAAUUUUACAACCCAGAGGUGCACUUGGCUGCAUUUUGUUUGCCCUCGUUUGCAAAGAAGGGGAUGAAUAAUAAUAAUAAUAAUAAUGGGUGUAAAGUGGGCAGCAAUGGAGUUGGUACGAUUUCAGCUGAUGAUGAGGGCACAAAACAACAAUAUCUUUUGGUUAUAGUCCUCUCAGACCGUGGCAAGGUGUUGCUUGUUGGAGGGCGAGAUGGAGGCAUCUUGAGAGUCAUUCGUCUGUCGAACAAAUCGACAUAUCUUGCUUGUGGGAUUUUCAUGAUGUUUCGGGUUUAUAAGUGCUUUCUCCCUGAGGUAGCAGUGGGAUAUGAGGAUCCCAGUGUGCAAGUACACAUAUCAAAUGGAGUUGAGUUCAUGAAGACUGUUCCUCAAGGCACAUAUGAUACCAUCAUGCUUGAUGCUUUCCAAAACAUGGGUCCUACAUCAAAAGAACUGUCUAACAUCUUCUUGGAAUCAGUUGCAAGGGCUCUUCGCCCCGGCAAUGUUAUGUCUACCCCGGCAGACAGCUUCUGGCAUAAAGACUUUGUUCACUGUGCAGAUACCAUAGCAAACUGCCGCAAAAUAUUUAGGGCUCUGUCAACUAUGCCUGGACAACAAUUCAUGCAUAUGAAAGCCAAGAGGUCCUUUGCAAUUAGAACUUCGCUGGUUAUUUUACACUAUUGCUGA